GUUGGCACAUCCCAUGCAGCACUUGCCCUAGCAAGCGGCCGCGCAUGAGGCAGCGGCCGCAGUAGGCAUUACAAGUCAGUCGCCUUCGGGAUCUAUUGCACGCCGGGCGCCAUGGCUCGUCUUCUGCUCUUCCUGCUGGCCUGUGCCGGCGCUGACAUGUUGCCAGACUUUCACUUUCGUGGCGGCAAUGAGGACCACUACAAGCUUGGCUUCGAAAUAGGCCGCAGGUACGAGGCAGCUAUCAAAGCCAGAGUGGCAGCGCAUGAGACGUCGCUGAAGCUGAUCUUCAGCCAUGAUGGCUGCCAGCAGCAUUUCAAGGACCUGCUUGCUACGCACCAACGGUUGGUGCCCCAGCUACUUUUGGAGCUGCAGGGCAUCGCGGAGGGCAGCAAAGUGGCCUUUGAAACGCUCUGCGCCAUUAGCUUGCAGGAGGAAUUGGGCUACUGCAAGCCAGAUUUGAGACGAAGUGCAGACCACUGCUCUGAUUAUAUGCUUUGCAACGCAGAGCAUUGCCUGGAUGCCCACAAUGAAGAUGGCGACCUUGCAGACAAGCAACUUUUUGCGGCCUUUGUGCAACUGGGAGCCAGCAACUUCACUGUGCUGAACUACGCCGGUGACCUGCUGGGCGGCAUGUCGGCGCUGGCCUUCAACGCCCACGGCCUCGCCUUCUCGCUGAAUUGGCUGGGUCCGGCCAGCUGCGACACUAGCGGCCUGGGCCGGAACUUUGUCAGCAGGAUGCUUCUUGAUGCACAAGGCUGGGACGAGGCGAAGGCCAUCAUAUCCCAGAAGCAUGCUAUAGGCCACAACUACCAGCUCAUGGACUUCCGGCACCGCCGCAUUGCCAACUUCGAGGUAGCACAGGACCAGGUCUCAGAGAGGCCGAUCCGGGAGGCUUUCUUCCAUGCCAACCAGUACCAGACGCUAGACGCGCCCGGACAGAUUCUUGGCAACAGCUCCCUGCACCGCCUGGCGCGGGUGAAGCAGUUGCCUGCGCCCCGCUCCGCAACAGAGGCCCUUUGUAUCUUGGGUGACCAGGAGGACAUUUCGUACCCCAUCUUCCACGAUGAGCGUUCUCAUCGCUUGGGGGACCUUUCGGAUUGGACAUUGGCCACAGCACUCUUCAACCUGGACCAGGGCACAGUGGACGUGAUGGCUGGGAAUCCCAAGGACGGUGCUGUCCAACGGCAAUUCCGCGUACUUCCCAGUGCUCCAUUCAGCGUGGUCCUCUAGGCAGCGGCUUGCAUCGCUGACUGCAGGGGGA